AGUUGUGUUUUUGUUCAGUAAAACAAGGUUAGUAACAGGUGGAGGUUAAAUUCCUCUGUUUUGUAAAGUUUUUACUUUUGAAACUGUUGUCCCAUAAGGCAGUGGGCUUUGAUGGAGGACAGAGGCUUUGCAGCAGCUGAAUAAUGUUGAUCAGUCAGUUUCAAGUUGCCAUUAGAAUCGUGGAUCUAGCAUUAUCUUGUGUGUUAACUGCUGGAUUGAUAUGCAGUAAUAGUUAAGUGUAAGCAUUAUUGCAAUUUUGUCAGGAAGCAAAAAAAAAAUCAGUUUCUAUAUUAACAGUUUUAAGAAUCACUGGAAUGGAAAAAUGUAUGUGUAAAAUAGAAAAUGUUCUUCAUUUAUCAGUAGUUACAAAAUCCACUUCAUUUCCUUAUCAAAAAUGUUUACGUUUGGUGAUUCUUGCUUUAAAAGAACAUUAAUGUAGAAGGUGUAUCUGAGUGAAUACAUUGUGAUUGCAUUUUUUAGCAGAGUCACAGAAUGUUUCUAAAAAAAGCUCCACAGAAGAACAGGCCUGUGAGGGCCGUCCGCAGAAAACGUGAAGACAGGAUGUGGAGCCACAGCCUGGCUGCGACCAGAGAUGCCCACCAGUCAUAAAAAUCAGGCUAAAUAACAAAACGAGAAAAGGUCACCAAAAUAAAAGUGGCCAUUAUUAACAAAAUAUCAAGAUUACACUAUGUUUUGUGUAGUGUUGAAGUUAAGUAACGGUAUUUGUAAAGGUAAAAAUGUAUUCAAUUAAGAUUACAACACUCCAUUUUGUAUAAGACCAUUUUAAAUAAUGUACAUUUAAAUAAGUUAUGGACUAUUGGAACAUUUUAUAUAAAAUUGAGCAAAUAAUAUUUAAAACAGGCAAUUAUUUAUCUGGAAAUAAAUAUUUAACCUGUAGAGAGUGAAGCCUUUUGAAAGGAUUCACACCCUGUGACCUUUUACACGUUAUGCCACGUUACAAAUUUCAAAGGUAUUUUGUUGGGAUUUUAUAUGGUAGAUCAACACAAAGUAGGGAAAAAUUGGUGUUCCAAAUGUUUUAUAAUAAUUAAAAAAUCUGAAAAGUGUGGCAGGUAUUUGCAGUCCCACUUUGAUAUUUCUGUAUAUGAUCCUGUUCCACCAGUUGCUUUCAGAAGUCACAUCAGUAAACUGUGUGAUUUAACGUCCCCAUAAUUCAGCUGUUCUGUGAAAGCCUGAAGGUUGUUAGAGAACAUUCAUGAACAAACAGCCUGAAAACCAAGGAACACAGCAGACAUGUCAGGGAGAAAGAAUUAAGAGUUGGGACUAAAUACAAGGAUAUUCUGUGAAGAAAACGUGUUUGAGGACACAAAAUAAUAAAAAAAUGGGCAGAGAUUCCUCUUCCAGCCCAAUGAGGAGUCUAAGCUUAUAACCAGACAUACAGCAGAAUGUUUUAGUUCAGAGAAUAACGGUUAAAAUUAAAGGAUCUGAUAAAAUACAGAUCUAAAAAAUAUAUUCAAGCUGCAAAAUCACUUUUUAAUCACUUAUAGCUCCAAAAAGCACACUAAGAAAAACAUACUAUUGAUCUAUUGAGUACUAUUGGUGUAAAAAAACAACAAUAAAACAAAAACAGAGUAUCUGAUUCUGUUCUGGUAUUUUUAAAAUGUUUCCAUAUAGAAACUAAAUCCAGAAAGCCAGAAAAAAAAUCCUGUUGCAGCAACUUUAAGAGAACAUAUUAGAUUUUAAUAAGGCUUUACAAAAAUACGCAUAUUUUUAUUGAAACAGAUAAAAACACCAGAACCAAACAAGGAGAAAGGCCACCCACACAGUUCCUAUGAUGCAGAAUUAGCAUAUCUGGGCUGUGAUUGUGCAUGGUUAUGCAUUAACAGCUCCAUGUUGGACACGCUCGCUCUCAGUAGCCGUGCGCUUCGACUGGGAAACACGCUGAAGUGGCCGCCUCAGGGAUUACCAGAGGCAAAGGGAUGCGGCACUUUUACAAGGACCAUGAUACCUGUAGAGCACUUCUGAACACAGCCUUGCUUGGUAAUGACUGCUGCAGCUUUUUUGUGUCUAUUUAUUACAGAUUUUUGUUUCUCUGUUUCCCAGAUUAAAAGGACUUGUGAUUGAGAGAGUAAGAGCUUCUGCUCAGUGAAAGACUUACAAAAGCUGGCCGAGUCUGUUUCUCUGAGGUGCGUUUACGAGGAUCUCUCUCCAUCCUUAGUGGGUCAUGUCUCUGGCACUGCUUUUAUGUGCGAAGUAAAGGCUUAUCUCUCUUUGUGCCUUCCUCCAGUGCCUGUCAUCAUUGUGACAUGCAGCUUAAAAACCCUCUGUCAGCUACUGAAGAGCUCAUUCUGGCUCUCAGCUGUGGAUGAAGGAAGGACAUGCCGGCCAGGAUGGAGAGAUGAGGCAAACAGUUUGGGGGAUUUCAGUUUGGUCUCUGCAGAGUGAGCCCACUCCACUACAAGGGAUUCCUGCCAAUGUGGAGACGUUAACCCAUGGAGAGGAGAAGUUGGGUGGAUUUUGAUAACAAGACCUCUGUGGUAACGUUUUGAGGUGUGAGCUUAGGCCAGAAAGGAGAUCCAGUUGGGAACAUUGAGGAGUGCCUGGGGAGUGACCCUUAGAGGCUGAUUCCUGGAUCACUGCAUCCACCAUGACCGACUCUCACCUAUCUGCCUCUGUGGGCAGUUCCAACGGCAGCUCUCUAGUUUCCAGUGACUGGAACAUCACGGGCAGCGGCCCCUGGUUGUUGGCCUUCAUGUUGACUGCCAUCAUCUUUAUGACUGUCUGUGGCAACAUCCUGCUCAUUGCUUUGGUGUUUGCCCACCGCUCUUUGCGCUGCACCUCCAACUGCUUCCUGGUGUCUCUGUUCUUCUCCGACCUGAUGGUGGCGUUGGUGGUCAUGCCCCCAGCCAUGCUCAACAUGCUGUGUGGCUCUUGGGUGCUGUGGCCUGCCUUUUGCCCGGUUUGGCUUUGCUUCGACGUCAUGUGCUGCAGCGCAUCCAUCCUGAACCUGUGUGUGAUUAGCCUGGACCGCUACCUCUUCAUCAUUUCGCCGCUACGCUACAAGCAGAGGAUGACCCCACCCCGGGCUCUACUUUUGGUUGGGGCAGCUUGGAGUCUGGCAGCCCUGGCCUCCUUCCUUCCCAUUAAGAUGAACUGGCACAGUCUGGGUCAUGGGGAUGAAAACUCACUAAUUCCUCAAGUCAGCCUUGGUAACAUCAGUUCCUUCCAUGAAAAGCAAUACCCAGACUCCUACUUCCAGCAGUCACCAAUGGGAGGUGCGUCCUUUCAGUGCCGCCUGCGGGUGACCCUGCCCUUUGCCCUGGUGGCAUCCGUGCUUACCUUCUUUUUGCCCUCCAGCGCCAUUUGCUUCACCUAUUGCCGGAUCCUUCUGGCAGCACGGAGACAAGCAAAGAGAGUUGCGGCAUUGAGCCACCCUCCUCACCCUCAUCCGUCCUUUGGAGAACCUUCCCGGCCUCCUUCGCCCAGAGUUGCUGCCGGGUCAAUUCAGCAGGUUGGAUGUGACUGCGGUCAUCAAGGACCUGCCAUGUCUCAAAAUGCACUGCUGUCUGUGACCAGUGAGCGCCGUCUUGCUCACAAGCAGGGUCGGAGGGCACUGAAGGCCAGCCUCACACUAGGAGUCCUUCUGGGACUUUUCUUCAGCGCCUGGUUACCCUUUUUCAUCACAAACAUGGCUCAGGCAGUGUGUGAGUGUGUCCCACUUGCGCUGUUUGAUGCCAUCACCUGGCUUGGCUACUGUAACAGCACCAUAAACCCCAUCAUCUACCCGCUGUUCAUGAGGGACUUCAAGCGAGCUCUGGCUAAACUCCUGCCCUGCUGUUCAUCACGGUCACCCAGGAGACCCUCGCCGGCUCUCUCCAUCUCUUUGCGCAACUCAGGGGAGCCCAACAUGGCCAGCAACCCGACCUCGCCUCUGGCCUCCGACCCUGCACACCCAGCAGUCACUGCCACGGACGGCGUCAACCUGCUGGACGCCGAACACGCUGGGAUAGAGUUGCCUCUGCUUCUUCCCAACCAGGUGGACAACCUGGACUGAAUCACUGUGGAAGCACAGCCAGUUAGUGACUGAGGGAUUACAGAGGAAAGACUGGCCAUUGGAUUCUGAGUCUCGCUCGCUUGAUGCUGCUCUUCGGCACGGUCCAGAUCGUCCACAGGCUUCUGAGUUGCUCUUACAGACUGAGG